AUGUCCUACCCUGUUCUCCCACCAGUGACACCUCAGAAGCCUCUUCCUGGUGCUUUCUUCCAGACACCGGCGCCCGGCAAUGCGCUGAAUCCUCCGCAACCCACACCUCCCCAGCCGACCGCACAGCCCGCAAAUGCGGCGGCGCAACCUGUGCUUCCCAGGUUCCCUCCGGCCUUGAAACCGGCACCGCAGAAUCUGAAUACGGAGGAACGUGCGGCGCGGACAGUCAAUGAUACCCUCACACAGGAAGCUCGCUAUCCCGACCUUGAUAGCUACUUGUCUCAGGGCUUUUCAUCGGACUAUGACAUCCCCGUGUCGCCAACAUGGGCGCCGUUUCAGAAAGUCAAGAUGUACAACAUCCCCGACCAAAUAUUCGACCAGUAUAACCUAGCGCAGGUAUCUACCACCAUGGGUUUGUUGGCGGAGCUGAAUCACGCGUGGGUAGCCAUCGACAACGCGCUGUACCUCUGGGAUUAUACACACACCAACCCUCAACUCGUCGGAUUCGAAGAUCAACCCAACAGCAUCAAUGCGGUCAAGCUAGCCAAACCACGCCCCGGGGUUUUCCUCCCUAGCAUUACCCAUUUGCUCGUCAUAUCGACAACGGCGGAGGUGAUACUGCUAGGCAUGAAAUGUGAGCCGACACCCGGAGGUGGUCGACAAGUGACUUUAUACCAGACGGGGAUGUCGGCAUCUAUUCGUGGAUUGGAUAUCAGCAUUUUGGCUUCCUCGGACGCGACUGGCCGUAUAUUUUUCGCCGGUACUUCCGAUAAUGACGUUUAUGAACUUACAUACCAACAAGAAGAAAAAUGGUUCCAAGGUCGAUGCGCCAAGGUGAACCACACAGGCUCUCGCAUCGCUACAUUUGCGCCUUCUCUAACCUUUACGCAACGGCCAUCGGAACAUGUCGAGCAAAUGGUAGUUGAUGAUUCUAGGCGGCUUUUGUACACACUGUCAUCAUCAUCUACCAUUAGGGUGUUUCACUUGAAAGUAGAUGGGUCCGUUUCUCUCGCAAUUACGAAACCAGCCCAUGAUAUCUAUGCCAAUAUCGGCCACAUCAUCGCCUCUAACCAAGCGCUGAACUCCAAGGUUAAAAUUGUGUCAAUCAGCCCGAUUCCGGCAGCCGAGGCGUCAAGGUAUCAUUUGAUAGCGACUACCGCUACAGGUUACCGCAUUUACUUGAGUGCCACUGGAUCCUAUAGCUGGUCUCCUGCGCCGAAUGGCGCAAAUGCCCCAACAAGCAUGCAGGCUCAUUAUGUCAAAACGCCGCCCUUUGACAACCCACCUCCUGUAUACCAAGGUCAAUCGCGUUUCCAGCCCUCAAUGGCGGCGUCUAAAGUCCCCAUCCACACACUCGAUCCAACGAGGUCAUCAGCACGAUUCCCCCCGGGUUAUUUUUUCUGUUUCACUUGCCAGGACAUGACACAAAAAUCAGAUACAUUGUUUAUAUCUGCUCCGGACUCCGGACGCGUGGCCCGUUCGCAGGAGAGUGUCAUCCCCGGAAAAGCCGCGGAAACCGGUAUAUGGCUCUCGUUGGGAAGCAGAGCGGAAGAUAUCGGACUCAGCUCUCCAACCACGCCAGCUUCGGCAAGUCCUAGUGGCUUUGGCAACGAACUCGCCGUUCAAUUUGAAAACCCGUCCGCGGAGGUUGCCAUUCUGACAAACACCGGCAUUCAUGUGUUCCGGAGGAGACGACUCGUUGACAUCUUCGCCGCUUUGGUGCGUAACGGGGGUAGUGGCGGCGACGAGGGUCUCGAGGGCGAAAUCAAGAACUUUAUUCGUACUUAUGGGCGCAGCGAGACACUCGCGACUGCCCUUGCAGUUUCAUGUGGCCAGGGUGUAGAGGUCUCUACAGAUUCACGACUUACCCAAAUCAACGACCCGGAUGUCCUCGAAUUCGCCCGUAAGGUAUUCAUAGAAUAUGGCGGCCGACCAACGCUGAACGAAAAUGCUGUCGCCGAUAAUUCUACUCCCGCCAUUGACACAGUCGUUCCAUCACCACGACACGCAGGAAUCGCUCUAUACAUCUCAAGAUUACUCCGGUCGAUAUGGCGGAAGGAAGUUGCUGUAGUCGCUGGCGCCCCCGGUGGACCGCAAACGAUUUCUUCUACCAUUCCAACUCCCAAGUUGCUAGACAUUCAGAGGGAUUUAUCUGCUUUACAAGAGUUCUUCAAGACAAACAGGAGUUUUAUUGAAGGACUAAGCGGGCCCGAAGCUCUUGCGCGCGUAUCAACAAAGCAGGAAGAAAUCGAACUUCAAGCAGAGCAUCGGGCGCUUCACUCGCUCGUACAGCUGGUAUCUCACACUAUCGAAGGGAUUUCAUUUGUGUCCGUUUUGUUUGACGAGAAGGUCGAAGAAAUCGUCGCGCUACUACCUGAUGAAUCGAAACAACGGUUCUUGAAACUGACGUUCGAGGAGCUUUUCAGCACUACCAAGGGUCAUGAUGUUGCCAAAGAGCUGGUUAAGGGAAUUGUCAACAGAAACAUCGCCAAGGGAGCUAAUGUCGAGACUGUAGCAGAUGCUCUGCGUCGGCGAUGUGGCAGUUUCUGUAGCUCUGAGGAUGUUGUUAUCUUCAAGGCCCAAGAACUGCUCAAGCGCGCUACCGAGGCUGGCUUCAACUCGGAGCUCGGUCGUAAUUUGCUGAACGAGAGCUUGCAUCUGUUCCAGCAGGUGUCAGAGAACCUACCCAUGGAUUAUUUGGUACCCGCAGUAGAGAGUUACAUAGUAAAUCAAUUCUUCGCAGGUGCUAUCCAGCUCGCUUUGAAUGUUGCUGGUCGAUCAGACAAGGCGAACAUGGCUUUGUCGUGGAUGAUGGACGGUCAACCGCAACCGGACCCUCGAAAGGACUACUACCUAUUCAGAACGCAAUGUUACGAUCUCGUGUUCAAAGUCAUCCUCGCUGUUGACAACCUUGCCCUUCAAGAUCCUGGCGUCGUUGACGGGCAAUUAACACUGGUCGCGAAGCGCAAGAAUGAGGCCUAUGGAAUCAUUUCAGAGUCUAAAGACGAAGUGUUUUUGACGAGCUUGUAUGAUUGGUAUCUGGGGCAGGGUUGGAGUGACCGGCUGUUGAGAUCGGACUCUCCUUUCGUCGUCGAGUACCUGAAGCGGAAGUCGAACGAUGACCUUGCACACGCCGAUCUCCUGUGGCGGUACUACACCCAGUCUGAACGCUUUUACGAGGCCGCUAGAGUCCAGUUAGAGCUGGCCAAUAGCUCUUUUGUCCUCCCUCUCAGCCGAAGAAUUGAGUAUCUCGGCCAAGCACGGGCCAACGCUUCAACUUUCACACAAGAUGUGGGACGACAGGCACGACAGCGAUUGUUACAGGAAGUGUCCAAUCUCAUCGAUGUGGCGAAUAUCCAGGAUGACCUUCUACAACGGUUGAAGGACGAUACACGCCUCGCGCCCGAGCAGAGGGCCAAGGUCCUCGAGGACGUGGACGGAUCCAUCCUUGAGGUCUCUUAUAUGUUCAACCAAUACGCCGAUAGCGCAAGCUACUACGACAUCUGUCUGCAAAUCUUCCACAUCGCGGACCACCGCAACCCCGCCGACAUCCGUUCCACAUGGCAACAUCUGCUCCAGGAUCUGCACGAUGAAACGGUCGCACGCGGCUCCCCACAGCCCUAUGAGGCUGUUGUUGACAAGAUCCGCUCCCUAGGGUCCCGCCUCCGAAUGUCCGAAACCAUAUUCCCCAUCCCCACUCUCCUCCCCAUGCUUGAACGCUACGCCCUGGAACACCAGCGCAACGUCGGUCCCCCAACAUGGGUCGUCGACACUUUCUUCGACCUUGGCGUCGCCCAUGAGACUAUUUACUCCGUCCUUGAAUCAAUGUACUACACCGACGAGGCGCCCUUCCACGGCGCAAACCGCAAGAUCAUCGCCCGUGAUCUUCUUUACACUAUUGAACACUGGUUCCAUGACACCGUACGGCUUGGCGGCAUUGUCUUCGGAAGCGACAUUAUUGCCGAGCGCGUCGUGGAGAUGCUUAUCCUCAUCCAACAGGGCGGUAUCAGCCCUGACCAGAUGGCUGUCGCCCAUGAGCUUCGCGCUAGGAUCCAAAAUAUUUUGAGUUAG